GUCACAAGAAAUUAAGUGUCCACUUCCGUACUUAUCGGAAAUCUUGUAAAAUGUGACAAAACUCACUCCAUAAUCAAUUAAAAAAGAGGCUGACCAGCAAAGAAUUAAUCAUGAUCUGCAACAAUAUUACGCUAGAAAGUUAUUUUCAAGAAUCAAACGAACCUAAUAACUUAUUCAUAUGACCUGAAAUGAGCGAUACUCUCAAAUAUGAGAUACAAAUGUAAUUGACACCACUGAAUAGCAAGGAAUUACACAUUAUUUUUGUAAUUGUUAACAUGGCAGGGCCUGCAUAUAAUUUUACCCAUGACAAGUUUCCAAGAGUAAAGGCACUGUAUUCCUACCAAUAUGAGGAUGAACAGAUCUACAUGGAAGAGGGUGAAAUAUUUUAUUUGCUGAAUUCCGAUUCAAAAGAAUGGUAUUGCGUUUGUCGGCCAUAUUCACCAGAAAGCGAGUUUUAUGUGCCCUCUGCCUAUGUGGAGGUAUUAGCAAGUUUGAGAGAUGGCUACUUGCCACAGUCCAAAGAAGACCAAAGCAAGAACACUGGUGUUAUUGAAAAACGUUUAAACAAGGAAAUCAGUAUAAGUGGCCAGGUUGAGUCAGGUUCUAAAAGUUCAAAACAAAACAUGGAUGAUGAUAUUGAUGAUGACUAUAUGAAUGUUGCCUUCCAUGCACUCAAAAAUAAUGUGGGAGUUAGUUCAUUCAAGGGUCAAUCUUCGGAAACAAAUGCUAAUCGUCCAACAAGUUUGGAUGGGGAUGCUGAUGAUGUAGAAUAUGUUAACCUGGCAGAUUACCCUGAAAAGGCUGGUUUAACAAGCGAUGGCUCAACUAUUCCUUCAAAUGACUCCAACCAGACGAAGUCUGAUGUUGGGGACAUUGGGCACUACGCAAACCUCGACGAGAUUCGUCGUCAUAUGAAGUUACCUCCCCAGCAAGAAGCCUUACCGCAACUCUCGCAGGGUCGUUUGGUCAAACCUCUUGGCGAGGAUUGGCAACAAUUCGAAGAAAAUAAGACCAAGCGACCGUUCUACCAUAACACUAAGACCGGGGAGUGUAAAUGGAAACCGCCAAAGGGCAACUAUCACCAACAAAAAGAGAAAAAGUGGAUUCCAACACAGGACGAAUCGGGUAGGAACUAUUUGUACCGGUUCAGCGACGAAAUAACACACACUAGUUGGCAACUUCCAAAAAGAAGCAAAGACAGACCCCUCAUGAAGCGGAUGCUGAGUCCCACAUACAAGACUCGCAGUGAAGAUUUCAAGAAGCAGUUCAAAGACAUUCCGUCAGAAGAAAGGCUCAUUGUUGAUUACUCGUGUGCCCUACAGAAGGAGAUACUAGUCCAUGGUCGGAUGUUCCUAACACAGAAUUGCAUCUGUUUCUAUGCCAACAUAUUUCGAUGGGAGACUGUUGUGACGAUACCAAUACGAGAGGUGAUUGCAAUUACUAAGGAGAAGACUGCCCGAGUGAUCCCCAAUGCCAUGCUGGUGAUCACUGACCGGGACCGGUACUUCUUCACGUCCUUCACGGCCCGUGACAAGACCUUCAUGAUGCUGUUCAGGAUGUGGCAGAAUGUGCUACUGGAUCAGCCGCUGUCCCCCCAGGAGUUGUGGCACUAUGUACACAGUUGCUAUGGUGAUGACCUUGGCCUGACCUCCAGUGAUGAUGAAUAUGUGCCCCCACCCAGCGAAAGCAAAGACUCGUCUGCCUCGAAACACCUAAAUUCUGGCAAGGAAAUGGUUGAAGGAAUGCUCAACAAGUGCAAGAUAGCCAUUGGGAAGAAACCAAUGUUCAAACGAUGGGCGUACAAUUAUGCGAAACUGGACGGCACAAACAUAGUGUUCUAUAAGGACAAGAAGGCAUCCGUUCCAACGAAAAAAGACUUGCACGGGAAGAUAGAGCAGGUGGUCUGGCUCGGGAAUUGUUUCGUGACGAAAGACUCGUCCGACAAAACUAGCAAGAAAAACACCAUAGUGCUCUCAAAACCCGACGGACACUUGUUAUUGCAGGCCGAGAAUGAGUCCUCGAUGCAGGAAUGGUUCAUCAAGAUACACACCCGAAUAGGAGAACUGGGAGCUACACAGGACAGCCUGGAUACACCAACCUCAGAUAAGUUACCAAAGGAUGUUCAACAGUUGGAUGAUAAAGCAAUUACACUCUUUUAUAAAGCUCUUGAACACGGUAAAGAAAAAGUCAAUAAUAUUCGCCUGAUGGUUGUAGGAUUGUUUGGUGUGGGAAAAACGUCUUUGGUGAACAAUUUGAUUUGGGAAUUUCGCCAAAAAAAAAAUAAUACAAAAACACUCAGCACAGAAGGUAUCGCUAUACAUAGGUGUAAGUUGAUGACAGAUGGUGAUUGGUGCUUAGAUACAGAAUUAAAAGGGGUCAAGUUUGGAGGUCGCAUUCAAAAAGUCGUUUGUAACAACAACCAGAUUUCUAGGAACACGCUUUCAGAAACUUCAGCUAAUUAUGAAACUUCUAGCAGUCAUGAUUUGCUUGCUGAAAGGGUCACAUCUACUGAAGAUCAUGAAAGUCAAUCACAAACUGAGCCAUUACAAACGUUCAAAGAAAGAAUGACCUUGCAUAAAGAAGAUGAAAUUUUACAACAUGGAAUUAAGUUUGCCAAGAAAAUGCUUGAAACUACUAGUGAAAAUUCAGAAAAGAGCAAGGCUUCGCUUGAUGAAACAAAAAAUGAGAUUACUGUGUCUGUAUGGGAUUUUGCAGGUCAGACUCUGUACUAUUCAACACAUCAGUUCUUUCUGAAUGAGAGGUCUAUAUAUGUAGUAGUGAUGGACAUGACAAGAAGUUUGAAAGAUAUUGUAAGUAAAUCAGAUGGACUUGGAAUUUGGUGUGGUUUGGUGGAUAGUUGUACCUAUUUGGAUAUUUUUAAAUUUUGGCUUAAUGCAAUUCACAUGAACAGUGAUUGUCAAUCUGGAGAAAGGGCUAUAAAGCCAACUGUUAUUUUAGUUGGCACGCGGAAAGACAAAAUGAAGGGGAGUGCUGAAGAAAAAGAGAACAAUAUGAAUUUGUAUUUUGACAAUGCUUUAUGUAGCUUUGAUAAAUACUCACCAAUCUUUAAUCACAUUAAUAAGAAAAGAUUUCUUGUAAAUAAUUUGUCUCCAAAGGAUUCUGCUUUUGUAGAGUUACGAAAAGAAAUUAUAAGUUUGGCUGCAAAGCAAGAUUACUGGGACGAAGAAUAUCCAGUUCGAUGGAUUCACAUGGAACAAACAUUGGACAAAAUGAGAGAUGAAAAGCGGCAGAUAGUUAAAAUAAAGGAUGUUGAAAAAGAAGAUCUUGAAAACAUACACCCACUGGGUAAAGAAGAGCUUACCUCGUUUCUUGAAUUGCAGCACAAACAAGGCAAUAUCAUUUUUUUCAACUCGGGCAAACUUAAGGAUAUUGUUGUUCUUGCUCCUCAAUGGAUCAUUGAAGCUUUCAAAUGUUUUAUACCGCAUAAUCAGAAAAUCGAAGCCACUGUUUUGAAAGAUUGGGAAGAAUAUAAAAAAUAUGCUAUUCUCAAACCAAAUGUUCUGGACGAAGUUAUGAAAAACAGUCCUCCCUACAUACAUGAAUACCGGAGUUCUGUUAUAAAUUACAUGGAAUAUCUAAAUGUUAUAGCCAAGCCGUUAACAAGUGAAGAGGGUAUAACUGGAAUCCCGUUAGAUUUCCACAUCGUUCCUUGUCUACUGAGCAGGGCACCACCGCCACUUCACGACUUUACUUCACCACCUGAUAAACCCCAAACACCAGUUUUAGCUUUUGUGUUUUGCGGAAAGUUUUUGCCCCCCUCUUUCUUCCACAGGCUUGUUGCAGUGUGCAUUCGUGCUUGGCCUAUUAGUCAGGAACGUGGCCGAUAUUGUUUAUUCAACGGUUUGGCUAUAUUUACUCUUAAUGAUAUCUAUACAUUGAGAAUAUGGUAUAUGGAUUACAUUAUCUAUGCAAGGAUAGUUUGUUGCUCAGAAAAUGAGAAGUUAGACAAAUUCAUCUGGCUGUUUCAAGAGGUUCGACGCAAACUUAAGAAAAGUUUGAAAGACUUUGUUCAUCAAUCUUCUUCGGUAUUUGAAGAGUGCAUUCAGUGCCCAGACAUGAAGGUGUCCUUGCACAAUGAAGGGUUGUUCAUAGUCAAACAGUUCAAGUACAAAAAUGCUAUAGCUUGUCCAGUAUGUAAUCCGCAUGCUGUGACACGAUCAAAUGCUAUGAAACAUUGGUUCAAAGAGAGGUUAGAUCGAAUAGAAACAGAUGAUGAAUAAUAUGGGAAAAAGCUACUGAUAUAGGUGAUUACAAUCAUCAAAGGUAAGUUUGCCCCUUCUUUCCUUGUGUAGAGAUCCGAGCACAACCGCCACCAGACAGCUUUUAAAAACUGUUAAACAAUCUUGCCCACUAGUGACCUGGGGACCGUUUCUUAAAACUACGUACGUUCAAAAAUCAUGCGUAAGUGCAAAACAAUCAGUUAGUAGCGUUUCUAUAAACUUCGUAAAGUUACGUUUACCGUAUUUUUGCACGUAGAGUAACGUGUGCUCAAAGGCUCACGUAACUCAGUAAUUUAGCGUAAAUAUGGCGGCGUAUGCACCGAUAUUUCGGAGAACCAAACGUAGACUACGAAAUAUACGAGCGCAACAUCAUUUUAGUUAAUUUAAACCUUUAUCUAUAUUAAGAUCUUGGUAGGACAUGGGAAGAUACUGUACCUGAAAUCCUGCGUUGAUUGUGCAGGAUCUAUUGUGUACGAUUGUGGAUUGGAGUUUUGCUAAAAGAGGAAAUUUUACAUGUUCGAAUCGAUUGUUGUUAUUAUUUGUUAGAUUUUCCUUUUGACAAUUCAUUCAACUUUCGUUUUGAACAAGGCUUUAUCCAUCACAAGACGCCAAGUUGAACUCAACGAAUGUGACGUUUGCUGAGUGGUAGAAUUGAUUCAUUGUAAA